AUGAAUGGAGACUAUGUGAUGGAUAAACCUCUGGAUCUGUCUGAUCCAUUUUCAGCUAUUCAGCGUCAAGAGAAAAGCCAAGGAAGUGAGAACUCUAAAGUCGGAUUUGGGCGAGUGACUCUCUAUGAGGUUUUGAAGCCUGUUCCAAAGGGCUCUUCCUCAAGCCGUAAAGCCUUGAGCGGGAGCUGUGGGUUAACCAGAGAUUCCCCAGAAGAGCCCAGCAGUUUACAGGAGUCCCUCCUCCAGUCCUUGAGUAAAUCUCCGGAUAAUAAAACACUGUUACAAAUAAAGGAAGAAAAUUCUAUCUUUAAAAUCCCUCUACGUCCGCGUGAAAGUUUGGAGACAGAGAAUCUUUUUGAUGACGUGAAGGAUUCUGGUUCUCGUGAGCCUCUAAAAAUAAAAACCAGGUCAGUCCAUGGAGCAUGUGAACUUGCCUCAGUUCUUCAGUUAAAUCCGUGUAGAAUUGCUAAAAUAAAGUCUCUACAAAACAACCAAGAUGUAUCCUUUGAAAACAUCCAGUGGAGUAUAGAUCCAGGAGCAGACCUUUCUCAGUAUAAAAUGGAUAUUACUGUAGUAGACACAAAGGAUGGCAGUCAGUCAAGAUUAGCAGGAGGAGAGACGGUGGACAUGGACUGUACAUUGGUUAGUGAAACUGUGCUUUUAAAAAUGAAGACUCAAGAGCAGAAGGGAGAAAAAAGUCCAAAUGGAGAAAGAAAAAUGAAUGAUAGCUUGGAAGAUAUGUUUAAUUGGACUACACAUGAAGAAUAUGAAUCCUGUUUGGUGGAUAGCUUCCCCCAAAUAGCAGAUGAAGAGGAGUUGUCAACUGCUACCAAAAACCCAAACUAUCCUGGUGAUAAGCAAGAUAAAGUCAAACAGAAAGCAUUUGUGGAGCCAUAUUUUAAAAAUGAUGAAAGAGAGACUAGCUUACAAAAUUUUCCUCAUAUUCAGGUGGUCCGGAAAAAAGAAGAAAGAAGAAAAUUGCUUGGACACACAUUGAUGAAGAUGACCUCCCUCCAGACCUGGCCGAGGCAGCGGGAACGACCACAGCUCCAGCCAUGGCCACCACCCUGGCCACCGCCACACAAGUCUCAGUGCCGCUGGCAUCCCCCAAGGUCCACAAAGUCAGCUCGCCUCAGAAUUCGGAAGGCAAGGGCCAGCUGUCCCCAGGGGCCAAGAGCCCCUCUGACCGAGGAGGUGCCUUUACCUUGGAGCCAGGUGAUCUCCUGA